AUGCCUGUGGUUCAGAAGUUGUAUAAUGCUUGCAAGGGGUCCUUCUCUAGUAAUGGUCCAAUAUCAGAAGAAGACCUAGAGAAAGUUCGUGCUAUCUUAGAUGAAUUGAAGGCUUCUAAUGUGGGGCUCGAACAGGAAGCACAAUUGGCACGCGGAUGGAAACAUUCUAUUCAUGGUAGCAAUGGCAGAAAAGGGCGUAAUGGCACUCAUCAGUACCCACCCGCAAUCAAAUAUCUGCAUUUGCAUGAAUGCGAUAGAUUUUCGAUAGGAAUCUUUUGCAUGCCACCUGGCUCCAUCAUACCCCUUCAUAAUCAUCCUGGAAUGACUGUUUUGAGCAAGCUUCUGUAUGGUUCUUUGCAUGUGAGAUCAUACGAUUGGCUUGAUUUACCGGAGUGCUCUGAUGUUUCUAAAGCAAGACCUGCAAAGCUUGUUCGCGAUUGUGAAAUGAGUGCACCUUGUGGUACAACAGUUCUUUAUCCAAAUAGCGGAGGCAAUAUUCAUUGUUUCAAAGCCUUGACGUCCUGUGCUCUCUUUGACAUUCUUUCACCUCCUUACUCCUCAGAAGAUGGGCGACACUGUUCUUAUUUCCGGAAGUCCCCUCGUGUAGAUCUUCCAAGUCUUGAAGAGUUGUGUGGCGCAGAACCAUCUGAAGUAGCUUGGUUGGAAGAGAUUCAACCCCCUGAGAACUUCGUAGUCCUCAGGGGGGUGUACAAGGGCCCGACCAUUAGAAAGUAA